AUGCUGACAGACCAGCCUCUUCUUAGUGUUACAAAGUUCAGACAGAGGAGGCCAGUUCAUUCUUCUUCCUUUAAGACUACCAUUGACACCAACCUGGAGUGGAUCACAUUUAAACACGCUAUUCCCAACACUGCAGUCUCAAUUUACAACAGACAUUUUCAUCGCACUGAUUAUGUCUGUAAAUACAAAUGUGGCACAGGUUUUUAUACCCCCAAAGAGGGUCCUUAUUGUGUCUUUGCUCGCAAAAUCAGAUUUCACAGAGUAGAUCCCUUUGAGUUGCUGGUCAACAGAGACAACUUUGAGAUCCUGGAGUGGAAGGAUAAUUCGUCUGGUAAGGUGCCCAAGAAUUCAGUCUCGACCUGUCUAGGGGAGCAAAUAUAUGUAGGAAUGAACAAAUAUGGACUUGGGAAGGUGUCCACUAAAGAAAAGGCCUUCUACCUGCCCUGGAAGGGUAAAGUAUAUACGUACAGAUCCUACAAGGUCCUGAUCACCAAUGAAAAUAUAGUCAGCCAACAGAUUUAUGAUGUCAUGUACAACAUUGACAACGCUAAAAUUCUCCAAUAUCCUCCUGAGGCCAUGCGUCAAACAACCAUCAGCAACUAUGAAUGUCAACCAGUAGUGAAAACAAGUUCCAUCUCAAAGACGUCUGAGGUGGAGCACAGGUGGGACACUACUUCUUCUGUUACAGUUACUGUUAAUACAAGCAUUACAAUUGGUUCGGGUGAGGAGAGCAGUAAAAGGGAUGUUUACAUCAUACCUAUAAGCCAGCAUUUUGACUGUGCAGGAGUGGUUUGGUGGGACGGAGACCUGUACUUCAACAGUGUGGGAACUGUGUCCUCCAGAUCUGGGUUCAGAGAGGUCACUGUAUGA